CUCGCGGGAAAACUUAUAUUACAAACUAAAAGUACCACGUGUCAGAUUAUCAAUGGCUUAAAUUCAGUUUUCUGAUUUUAAAUAUCAUUUUUAUUAGAUUCUAUAUAUUUAUAUAUAUAUAAACCACACUCUAUCGGUCCUCUCUGCUUUGGGAUACUCAUGAUGGAUCAUUUAAAGGUUAUCUCCUCCAUUUAUCUUCUUCUUGUAGUCUUCGUCUCUGUAUCUGUUUGUGAGAAGCAACACGGAGACGAUAUAUUGAUCCGGCAAGUGGUUAAUGGAUCUGAAUCCGAGCCAACAGUCAUGUCGUGGGAGGAUCACUUCACUCUGUUCAAGAGGAGAUACGGCAAGGUUUACAAUUCUCUCGAGGAGCAUCAACACAGAUUCUGGAUUUUCAGAAGUAACUUCAUGAGAGCGACGCGUCACCAGAGGAUGGAUCCUUUCGCUCGACAUGGCGUUACUCAGUUUUCUGAUCUGACGCAUUCCGAGUUUCGGAGAAAGCACUUGGGGGUUAAAGGCGCGUAUACGUUUUCACAGCACGCUGAACAAGCCCCGAUUCUCGAUACGAAGAAUCUUCCUGGUGAUUUUGAUUGGAGAGAUCGCGGCGCAGUUACACCAGUGAAGAAUCAGGGAUCAUGUGGAUCUUCCUGGAGUUUCAGCACUACAGGUGCGCUUGAAGGUGCUCACUUCCUCGCCACUGGUAAACUCGUCAGUCUCAGUGAACAACAGCUUGUUGAUUGUGAUCACCAGUGUGAUCCAGAAGUGGAAGGUUUAUGCGACUCUGGUUGCAACGGUGGGCUAAUGAACAUCGCCUCUGAGUACACCUUCGAAACGGGAGGGCUCAUGCGAGAGGAAGACUAUCCCUACACAGGCACUACUGAUGGUGAUGGGAUCUGCAAGUUGGACAAGUCUAAGAUUGUUGCCUCUGUGUUCAACUUCAGUGUUGUCUCUAGUAACGAAGAUCAAAUCGCUGCACAUCUCGUCAAAAACGGUCCUCUAGCUGUUGCUAUCAAUUCAGCUUACAUGAAAACUUACGUUGGAGGAGUGUUGUGCCCUUACAUGUGCUCAAGGAGUCUCAACCACGGUGUGUUGUUGGUGGGUUAUGGUUCAGAAGGGUCAAGGUUCAAGGAGAAGCCGUAUUGGAUCAUUAAAAACUCAUGGGGAGAAACUUGGGGUGAGAGUGGUUUCUUUAAGCUUUGUAAAGGACGUAACAUUUGCGGCUUUGGCAGCUUGGUUUCAACCGUCUAGAGGGUUUUCAUUACCGAGACCAA